CCCAAGGAGAUUAAAAUUAGUUCUAAACUCCUUGACUUGCGACCACAGAAUUCUACACUUGUAGAAUUCUGUGCUUGCGACAAUAAUCAAGGGGGAUCCGCUCUUCCACAUUGAAAAUCACAUUCAUUCCAGGUCGGGUCUUGUCUUAUUGAGAGUAGGCCUAGGCUAGGCCGGAGUGAGGGAGGAUUCCUGAGUUCUCUCCCAUCCGCAAUAGGCUGGCCUAGCAGUCACCACAAGAUCUACAUUCUAAUAUUUUUAUUGUCAUUGCCUAGAGAACGGAUAAUCUCAAUUGAAAUUUUGAUUAGAAUCUAUUCUGUAAUUGCAUUCGGUUAUGGAGAAAGACAGUGAUGUUCUCACAAAAUACAAAGCAGUUACCAAUAAGCUGAAAAGGAGAUUUCUCAAAAAACCAAAUGUAGCAGAAGGAAGUGAGCAAUUUGCUAGUUUGUCCAAACAGCUGAGGAAUCAGGAGUGUCCACAGUACGCUGGCUUCUGUUGCCUUGCCCAGGCCAGGUGUGAGAACUCACUGGCCAACCCAUCGGGCGAGGCCCAGGCAUUGCUAGAUGCAGCACGUGCGUUCUUGGAGGCAGAACUGUCUGACAGAGAGCUCCGAGUUCCGGGAUUUCAGGAAGACCUGACGGCCUCCAUCAACUGCUACAGUCAUGCUAUCAGGGUACACAUAGAGAACAAGCAGAUUGCCCUGGCUGCUUCACUGUGCCUGGAGGUGGGCAAUGUUCUAAGGAAAGUAAGCAAACCUGGGGAGGCUAUUGUCCACUUUCAGCGUGCUGCGGAGCUACAGUCACAGAGUGCACUGGAUUGUCUUGAUGCUUUAAACAUGGUGGCCAAGUGCAAGAUGGAGUCGAGAGACUAUGAAGGAGCCUUGGCUGUUCUCACAGAAAUGGCAUAUCUGGCUCAUGAGAGAGGAGGUUCUUCCAGCACAGGUCAGCCAAUUGGUGCAUACUGUGAUGUCUUGGCCAAGUGUGAGAUCACUAGAGUGUUGCUGCUCUUGUUGUUACAGCCGACCCCACAGAGAAUCCGACCUGAGCAUGCACAGACGCUAGAGAAGUACACUUGGGAAUCAUGUGACAGCAUCACAGAAAUGUACCUGGGGGAGGACCUGUAUCUCCUGCUUCAGUCAGUAGUGAUGGCAUGCCAGUCACAUGACCUAGACUCUCUCCGGGCAUUACAGAAAGAUUUAUGGCCCUUGCUGGACUGUGAACAAAACCAGUUACUGCACUGUGUCAUUCAGGAGUUAGCUCACCCGAGUGGAGAAGGCAUUUGACUCUGUGGCACUGACACUGACACUGCCACGUUCUGGCAUGGAUUUGACGCUGUGAUGGCGAUAAAAUGUUCAUCUUACUUGAACGCAUUCCUCCUGCUCCGGGGACCAGCAAUUAUAAGAUGUAUGGAAGCCGUAUGCACCCUGUACAAAUGCUUUAUGGAAGUUGUGCCCGCCCUGUGCAAAAGCCUUUUCUACGUUGUACACGUCCUGUACUGUUCUGAAUUAUGGCCAUGGUGCAUGGCUUUUACUAGUACAUUACUGGUCGUAUUUGCUCAGAACCGUGCUCUGUACUGUCAAUGUUAUCAAUAUGGCUUGGAACAGUGCAAUAAAUAAAUGUUGAAGUGAA